CCGCGAAGCGGGGGAUUAGGUUCGCCGGAACCCACGCCUAGGUCUUCUGCUUCCGGGUCGCAGCCAUGGCGGUGGCAAAUUCAAGCCCUGUCAAUCCCGUGGUGUUCUUUGAUGUCAGCAUUGGCGGCCAGGAAGUUGGCCGCAUGAAGAUCGAGCUCUUUGCGGACGUUGUGCCUAAGACGGCCGAGAAUUUUAGGAAUGCCCUCAGCUGUGAUGCCAUGGUAACUGAUUCGUUCACUCUUUUCCCUUUAAGGCAGUUCUGCACUGGAGAAUUCAGAAAAGAUGGGGUUCCGAUAGGCUACAAAGGGAGCACCUUCCACAGGGUCAUAAAGGAUUUCAUGAUUCAGGGUGGGGAUUUUGUUAAUGGAGAUGGUACCGGAGUUGCCAGUAUUUACCGGGGGCCAUUUGCAGAUGAAAAUUUUAAACUCAGACACUCAGCUCCAGGCCUGCUUUCCAUGGCAAACAGCGGUCCCAGUACAAAUGGCUGUCAGUUCUUCAUCACCUGCUCCAAAUGUGAUUGGCUGGAUGGGAAACACGUAGUGUUUGGAAAAAUCAUUGAUGGGCUUCUAGUGAUGCGAAAGAUCGAGAAUGUUCCCACAGGUCCCAACAAUAAGCCCAAGCUGCCUGUGGUGAUCUCACAGUGUGGGGAGAUGUAGUCGAGAGCAAGACUGAUCAGAUGUCUUGAAGACUUCCUCUUCCAUCACAUAAAACUACUUCAUAUGAAAACAAACUGACAGUAUGCUGUGUUUGUAGCAUAUAACUUAUUUUAUCCUUCUCUGACGAUUUGAACAGUUAAAUGUUGUGACUGUUUUGUCCAGAACACAUUUUAAGCAAAAACUGACAUUGUGUUGCUUAUCUUAACUUUGGUGAUAUCCUUUGUUAAACAGAAACUCUAAAUU